AUGCGCCACUUAACCAUACCUGUGAUAUCCAAGCCACAAUUCAUAUUAAAAGGUCUAUCAAAAGGUGUCCAGACUCGUUGGAUUUCGAUAUCUCAUAUUAAACAAAAUAAUAGCGAACUUUCGUUAAAGAGAAUAUUUGAUGAUAACAUUUUAUGGAAGGACCUAAAUAAACAAAAUUAUCAAUAUAAUGACAAGCUUUCAAAUUCAGACACGUAUAAAGAUAGAUUUUUAUCUACAAUAUCAGAUUUCUCAAAAGAACGAAAUGGUAAAAAUGUUGGUUUAUUCAAUAACCCAUAUUUAACAGAUCCUAAGGGUCUGAAAGAGUUCAGUAAAGCAUCACUAAAUAACGCUCGAGCAUUAACUGAAUUAAUGAAAACAGAUGCAUCGAAGGAAGGACUGAAGAAUUAUAUUGUUAAUCUAGAUAAGCUAAGCGAUACACUAUGUAGAGUUAUCGAUCUUUGUGAAUUUAUUCGUUCUGCACAUCCUGAUGAACGUUUCGUGAAAGCAGCUCAAUUAUGUCAUGAGCAGAUGUUUGAGUUUAUGAAUGUAUUAAAUACGGAUGUUAAAUUAUAUGAUAGACUUAAGAAGGUUUUAACUGAUGAAACUAUUUUAGGAACAUUAUCAAAAGAAGAAAUUAAGGUGGGCGGCAUACUUUUAGAAGAUUUUGAAAAAUCUGGGAUUUGUAUGACGUCAGAGAUAAGAGACAAAUUUAUAUCACUUUCUCAAGAUAUCAGCCUUAUAGGACAAGAUUUUAUCAAUAAUACCGGUGUCGCCAGAGAAACAUAUACAAUUGUUAAUGCGAAAGAAUUGGAGAGUUGUAAUAUUCCUGUUUUCAUAUUAGAUAAAUUGAAAAGGGAUCUAACUGGCAAACAUUACAAAAUUCCAACUUAUGGUGCCAUCCCAUUUGCUAUUUUAAGAGCAGCUACUAGCGAAAAGAUUAGAGAACAAAUAUGGACCUCAUUACACAGUUGUCCUGACGAUCAGAUUACUCGUUUAACUCAUUUAAUUAAGUUAAGGUCUAUCUUAGCAAACCUGAUGGGAAAAUCAAGUUUCGCAGAGUAUCAAUUAGAUGGGAAAAUGGCAAAGACCCCACAAGGUGUUAAAAACUUUAUCGGAUCAUUGGUAGAAUCUACAAGACCUUUAGCUGCAAAUGAACUUCAAUUUAUUUCAGAUAUGAAAUGUGAAGAAAUGCAUACACAACCAUCGAGGGACCCCCACAAUGUUUUAGAUAAUGUACGCCCUUGGGAUAGAGAUUAUUUCAGUUGGUUGUCAAAACAAAAUAUUACAAAGACGGAAGGUAUCGUCGAAGAUGAACCAAUUUCUACUUACUUCACAUUAGGCGGUGUCUUAGAAGGUCUCUCAGAAAUUUUCCGUAGCGCAUAUGGUUUAGAAUUAAAACCAGUGGUACCGCAACUUGGGGAAACUUGGUCUGCAGAAGUUCGAAGAAUUAACGUUGUGUCAGAAACGGAUGGAACUGUUGGUGUUAUAUACUGUGAUUUAUUUGAAAGGAUCGGAAAGACUCAAAAUCCUGCUCAUUUCACAGUUUGUUGUUCAAGACAGACAUAUGCAAAAGAAAAUGAUGAGUCAAUAAUGCAAAUUGGUGUAGAUCCAAAGGGUGUAAGAUAUCAGCUACCAAUAAUAUCACUAGUUUGCAAUUUCUCUAAGACCAGCAUAUCAUCUGAUAAAAACAUAUGCCUCUUACAAUUAAAUGAAAUUGAAACAUUAUUCCAUGAGAUGGGGCAUGCUAUUCAUUCUAUGCUGGGUAGAACUAGAUUACAGAAUAUUAGUGGUACACGUUGCCCUACCGAUUUUGUUGAGUUACCUAGUAUCUUAAUGGAACAUUUUGCUAGAGAUCCGCGAGUAUUAAGAAACAUAGGGAUCCAUUAUAUAACGGGUAAAACCAUCCCAGAAGAAUUACUUGUAAAACAUUUGGAAGAUAAUAAAUUUUUACAGAAUUGCGAAACUUUUGCGCAAGCAAAGAUGGCAAUGCUAGAUCAAGAACUACAUGGAGCUAAUAUUAUACAGAAUAUCAAUACUGUGAAUGUUGUUAAGAUCUAUCAAGAUUUAGAACGCCAAAUGGGUGUCUUAGUGGAUGACAAAAGUAACUGGUGUGGAAGAUUCGGACACUUAUAUGGUUAUGGUGCUACGUAUUACAGUUAUUUGCUAGAUAGGGCCAUUGCAUCAAAAGUAUGGGAAAAGCUAUUUUCGAAAGAUCCAUACAGUAGAGUAGGUGGCGCCCAAUUCAGAGACAAAGUAUUGAAAUGGGGUGGCCUUAAGGACCCAUGGGCCUGUAUUACAGACGUAUUAGAACAACCCACACUUAUAAAAGGUGAUUCUGAAGCCAUGAAGUACUUCGGGAACACACAAGACCUAUAA